AAUACUGAGAUUUUUUUAGUCGUGUUAACAUAUGUAAUGUAAACGGAGUGUUACGUUUUAUGUUGACUGCAUUAUCAUAUUUAAAUUUGUCAAAGUGUUCAAUACGGAUUUUAUAUAGACAAACAAUGUGUGGGUAAUAAUGAGAUAUGACCACGAAAAUCAAUUUCAAACGUAAUGUUCUAGACAUAGUCUAAGAAGUUUGUGUCAUUCAUAUAUAGUUGGAUACUUUGGAAAUUGCAGAAGGAAGUUACACAGGUUUAACAAGUUAUUGUUUAUCUAGAAGCAAAUGCAUUUAGAUGCUACAGUUGAAAACAGCUGCAAUGUCAUCAAUGAAUAUAUCUGAUAAUAACUCAUUUUGUGGAACCCGUGGUGUAAUGAUAAAUUUCCCUAUUGAAUGGGAAAUAGCUAAAUGGAUUCGUUGUACCGAGUUCGUUGUGACAGUGGUAUUGAAUGUGUCAUUGUGUAUUUUACUACAAAAGAAAGGAAAGAAGUCAAAUCUUGUGUUAUUUGUUUUCCAUCUUGUUCUAUCAGAUAUCGCCGUAGCAGUUUUUCAUAUAUUUCCUCUGAUUAUCAAUCAUUUCUUUUCAAACUGGAUGUUAGGACUUACCAUGUGUAAGUUGAAGUUUUAUCUCAGUAAUGUUUCGUUGUUCGCCUCAACGUACCUUAUAGUGACAAUAGCUGUGGACCGAUUGUUAUGUGUGUUACAUCCACUUGCAAUUCUCCGACAGCGACGAAGAUACAAAACAUGGAUGAUUACAAUACCAUGGGGAUUGUCGUUUUUAGUAAACAUCCCAAUUCUUGUUUGGACCAAAAUAUUUACUAUUUGUGAAUGCAAUAUAUGUACACCUGAUCUCAGAGGCAUUCGAGAGAUAGCGCUCUUGCUCAACGCUGCCUUCCUGUUGUUUAUUCCAUCACUAGUUCUUAUAUUAUGUUAUAGUACGAUAAUGUUCUUCAUUUGUCAGAAACUUCAAAUUAAACAUGGUCAAAGAUUGUCAGAAAUAGGUUUAAUAAGGCAAGCUACAAACAACUGUCGAUGCCGUGUUUUUUCCAAAGCUAAUAGGAGAAGUACGAUCAUGACAUUUGUAGUCAGCAUCACUUUUAUCGUUUGUUGGAUGCCUUUUAUCCUAGCCGGGCUUUUGAAUCUGUAUGGUGAUCUAGGUUACGGCGGAUGGUUUGAUAUUCUUAUAGCACUCGCACCACUCAACAGUAUGGUGAAUCCGAUCAUAUUUCUAACUUUUAAUAACAGGACGUUUAUCUCAAGACGGAAAAGUACGUUUAGACGUGCAGAUCAGUUGGAACUGAUGAAUAUAUCUUAACAUCUCUGGGGGAAUGAACAUGAUGAACAUCAACAUAAAAAAUAAUUAUUUUUGUUUUGGAACCAAUUCAUAACGAAUUGUUAUCCUUAGUCGUAUUACACGAAGAUGAGAGAGAGAAAGUAUCAAAGUAUUGCUCAACUUUCUGGACUGUCAAUCCGAGAAAAAACCUGUUAUUUAUUAAUUCACCACGGAUAUACAUAAAUUGUGAAUAAAGUACGGUGAUAUUUUUUCCUGAAUUCGGGUAUGGAUUCCACUUCUGUUUACCGGA